AUGGCUCUUCUAGCAGCUCCAAAGCAGCGAAUUGAACUGGCUGGUAUCAAGCAGUGGUGGGGCUCCGAAAUCUCGGAGAUCGCGGUGGAUGUUGCCAACGUCGAGGAAUGUGCUCGAGAGAGACUAGGAGUUCCAGGCUGCUGUGACAAUGUUGCUGGCCUGCUGUGCAGAUGUGGAACCUGCUGCAUUCUGGGAGUAGUUGUUCCUUUGGCCCUUCUGUUCAGCAGCGGUGCGUUGAAGAACAGCAUCUACCAAGAAGUCUUCGUCAUCACCGGAGUAGUGCUCAUUGUUCUGGCGCUAUGCUUCUGCUGCUGCAACAUUCGUCGCACCUGUUGUGAAGGCAUUUUCAAUCUACCAGAGCCUGCACCGCUAAUUCCUCCAUUGUCAAGGAAAGUGCAAAAGAUUGUGGACGUGAAACGAGUCUUGCUCGUCUACAACCCCAAUGCGGGGAAGAGGCAGGCAGAGCCCAUCCUGCAACGUGUGGUGUUGCCAGGCCUUCGACAGCGUGGCAUUGAGUGCGAGGUGAUUGCUACAGAAAGAGUCGGGCAUGCGAGGGACAUUGGCAUGACGGCCGACUUAGCUGGGUACCAGGCCGCUGUUACCCUGGGUGGUGAUGGCACUUACCAUGAGUUGGUCAACGGCAUCCUUGCGAGGAAGGAUAGCCAACGCUUGCCGGUAAGCUUGAUCCCAUUGGGCUCAGGAAAUGGCUUGGCUGCGACACUUCGGCAGAACAUGAAGAGACGAGGCGAGGAGAUCUCUGUGUGGACAGAGAUGGAUGCUGUGCUCCAGUGGUCCUUGGAUCGCAUCUCUGGGGGCCGUGUUGCUGCCGUCGAUCUGCUUGAAGUGGAGGUCAUGAAUCGGCGCCUGGCUGCCGUGAUGCAGGUUUACGUAGGCCUGAUGGCCGAGGUGGAUGUCGUCGCAGAGCCACUGCGGUGGAUGGGCCCUGCGCGCUUUGAUGUUGCCUCAGUUUGGAUGAUUCUGCGGAAGCAAGGACAGAUCCUGGACUGCAAGCUCACUUUUGCGGAUGGCACGACUCAUUCCUGCAGCAGGUCCUGCAUCGGUGGGAGCAUUGGCCUUUGCCAGCACUUCGAUGACAAACUGCGAUCGGUUCCGCAGGCGCAACUUGACGACGGCCUUGCCGAGUUCUCAACCAUUUCCACAGAUGCUAGCGUUGAUGAACUCCUGGCCGGGUUCCUGAAACUGGCUCACGGUGCGCACACGAAUGACAAGGUCCUGUGGAACUCCAAGCAGGUCACGGCGCUGGAGCUGGUGUUCGAGCGGCCGGGGCUCUUCAACGUGGAUGGGGAGGUGCUGGAGCACGACGGGUCCCUGCGCCUGCGGGUGCUGCCGGGGGCCGUGGAGAUGCUGGUCGGCCAAGAAGAGGCGGAGACGGCCGCGCCAGCUGAGCAAUCCGCAGAACCAAUCCCUUGGCAAGCUGACAAGCGACGAUGGCGCAUGCUCGGCCUGUUUGCUUUGGGUUGCAUGGCCAACCAGGCAAUGUGGAUUGGCUUUGCGCCUAUAGAAGCAGAAGUGAUGCAGCGCUUCGACGUCUCAUCCACCUGGGUUAAUUUCUUGUCCCUGGCCUUCAUGAUUGUGUACUUGCCCGCCAACUUCCCGGCCUCGUAUGCUAUGGAUGUGCUCGGUUGCCGCCAGUCGCUGCUCAUCGGCGGUGGCCUGCAGCUGGCUGGGGCAGUCCUGCGCUGUGUGCGGCCUGUUGGGCCAGGGGCGCAGCAGCUGGUGAUGCUAGGGCAGAUUCUGGCCGCGUGUGGCCAACCAUUUUUUACGGAUAUGCCCCCGAAGAUUGCCGUGGAUUGGUUCCCUGCGUACCAGCGCGUGAUUGCAGACACACUUGCAUCCCUGUCCAUGCCCAUCGGUGCGGCCAUUGGAUUCUUGAUGCCUACCACACUGGGCUUGCAGAACAUGUUGUACGCGCAUUUGGUAUGGACUGCCGUGUCACUCCUCCUGAUCGCGGUCUUCUUCCAAGCAGUCCCUGACAUUCCGCCUGGCCCUUCGUGCCACGGAAGCCACAAGUCCUUCGGGGCGGAGCUGAGGGCUGCGCUUGGGAAUGGGAAACUAUGGUGUUUGAUCGGUUCGUUCGCUUGUGCCCUGGGCUCCUUCAACACCAUGAGCACGCUGGCGGCGCAGCUGGUGGGCCCGUUUGGCUUCGACGCAGAUGCGGCGUCGGCUUUUGGCGUGGCCACGACCGUGGCAGGUGUGUGUGGGGCAGCGGUGAUGUCGGUGGUGGUGGGUUUCACGGGGCACAAGACGGUGCUGGUGACCUGCUGCGUGGCUUGCGUGAUCUUCGCAGGUCUCGCGUCGGCCACGGUCUUCUACGUGGGUUCCUCCCCAGGCGGCUUUGAGCUGAUGCUUGUGGCAUUCGCAGGCAUCGGCUUCGCCGCCACCCCCAUGAUGCCCAUCUCCUUUGAGGCUGCCGUUACUGUGGGUCACCCCACCGGUGAGGGCACGCUAGCCGGCCUAUGCAUGUCGGGGGGCCAGGUGCUGGGCAUCAUGCAGACGCUGCUUAUUGGCGAGCUGUUGCAGAGAAAUUUGGCAAAAGUUGCCUGGAUACUGACAGGGGGGCUGUUCAUUGUUGCAUUUGUGGCGCUGCUGCUCUUCAAGCCCAAGAAGGAAGCUUUUCGCGUGGAGGAGCCAGCAGAUUCCGAUUGCCCCUCAUCGAGCACAGCCUGA